UGUUGAUGCUGAGAAGGCUGCUCCUCCACUUCUGCAUCUGAGAGGAGGAGGAGGAGGAGGAGGAGAGACAGGCUGCAACUUCCUGUGUGAUCUCCGUUCAGCUGAGUUCAGCCUGGCUGCCUCUCCGGGAGGCUUGUGGCUCUGCAGACCGGGGAGGAGGAAGGCUUUCUGUGGGGCUGGUGUGUGUGUGUUUGUGUAUCGAAGGGACCGCUGGGAGCUCCCUGCACCACCGAGAGCGGCAGCCGCAGCAGCAGAGGCCGUUACAUGUGGAUUGUUUUGGGUCAAAGCGUUAGUGCUUCCCCGCCUCCCCGCGGCUCCAACCGCAGGGAGCAGCCUCGCCGCAGAUAGCGUGAGCUGAGCGGGGGCUGCUGGCCCUGGCUCUCGCCCCGGCCUUCAUCACCAUUACCCGCCUGUGUGCCUGCUAGAGAGCCGCUACAAGGCUGCUACUACGACUUCCUGCAGGAAGUCCGGGCGGCGCGGAGGAAGCAGCGGGGCGGGCGCAGCAUCGCGCCGUGCAUGGUGCUGCGCUGUCGGAGCAGCCGGAGCUGACCCAGAGAUGGCUGUCCUCAAACUGGCCGACCAGCCUCCUCUCAUCCAGGCAAUCUUCAGCGGAGACCCUGAAGAGAUCCGGAUGCUCAUAUACAAGUCUGAAGACAUCAAUGCUCUGGAUUCAGAGAAGCGAACGCCGCUGCACGCCGCCGCCUUCCUGGGCGAUGCCGAGAUCACCGAGCUCCUCAUCCUCUCCGGAGCUCGGGUCAACGCCAAAGACAACAUGUGGCUCACCCCCCUGCACCGCGCUGUGGCAUCCCGGAGUGAGGAGGCGGUGAGAGUUCUGAUCCGUCACUCUGCCGACGUCAACGCUCGGGACAAGAACUGGCAGACGCCGCUGCACGUCGCUGCAGCCAACAACGCACUGCGCUGCGCUGAGGUCAUCAUCCCGCUGCUGAGCAGCGUCAACGUGUCGGACCGCGGCGGACGCACGGCGCUGCACCACGCCGCCCUCAACGGGCACACGGAGAUGGUAAACCUCCUCCUCGCUAAAGGCGCCAACAUCAACGCAUUCGAUAAGAAGGACGGCCGGGCGCUGCACUGGGCAGCCUUCAUGGGUCACCUGGACGUGGCGUGCCUGCUGGUGAGCCAGGGCGCCGAGAUCAGCUGUAAGGACAAGCGGGGAUACACGCCGCUGCACACGGCGGCCUCCAGCGGGCAGAUCGCCGUGGUCAAACACCUGCUGAACCUGGCCGUGGAGAUCGAUGAGUCCAAUGCGUUCGGGAACACGGCGCUCCACGUGGCCUGUUUCAACGGUCAGGACGCCGUGGUCAGCGAGCUCAUCGACUACGGCGCCAACGUCAGCCAGGCCAACAACAAGGGCUUCACGCCGCUGCACUUCGCCGCCGCCUCCACGCACGGAGCGCUCUGCCUGGAGUUCCUCGUCAACAACGGAGCGGACGUCAACGUACAGAGUCGUGACGGGAAGAGUCCUCUCCACAUGACGGCGGUUCACGGACGCUUCACUCGCUCCCAGACGCUCAUUCAGAACGGUGGGGAGAUCGACAGCGUGGAUAAGGACGGAAACACGCCGCUGCACAUCGCUGCUCGCUACGGCCAUGAACUCCUCAUCAACACGCUCAUCACCAGCGGAGCCGACUGCACCAGGCGAGGAGUCCAUGACAUGUUCCCGCUGCACCUGGCGGCCCUGAACGCUCACUCUGACUGCUGCAGGAAGCUGCUGUCCUCAGGUCGGAGGUUUAGCAUAAUGUGUAACGACUCGGUCCUGUCUGCAGGCUUCCAGAUCGACACGCCGGACAGCCUGGGGAGGACCUGCCUGCACGCCGCCGCCGCCGGAGGGAACGUGGAGUGUGUGAAGUUGCUCCUGAGCAGUGGAGGAGAACACAACAGGAGAGAUAACUGCGGCAGGACACCGCUCCACUACGCCGCCGCCAGCCGUCACUACCAGUGUCUGGAGACGCUGGUCGCCUGCGGCACCGCCAUCAACGCCACGGACCAGUGGGGGCGCUCGGCGCUGCACUACGCCGCCGCCUCCGACCUGGACCGGAGGCGCCGCGUUGCCCUGGAGCCCGAGAGCGAAGGCGUCCAGGCGGAGCGCGAGAAGGAGGCGGCGCUAUGUUUGGAAUUCCUGCUGCAGAGCGGAGCGACCGCCUCACUGAAGGACCGGCAGGGAUACAGCCCGGUUCACUACGCUGCAGCAUACGGACACAGACACUGUCUGGAGCUGCUGCUGGACAGAGAUGACAGUCACCAAGAGGAUCCUGAGUCUCCCAACGCCAGGAGCCCUCUGCACCUCGCUGCGUACCACGGCCACGCCCAGGCCCUGGAGGUGCUGCUGCAGGGGGAGCGGGACGUGGACCAGGGGGACGAGGUGGGGAGGACCCCGCUGGCCCUCGCCGCCCUGCGGGGACACGCCGAGUGUGUUCACACACUCCUCAGCCAGGGGGCGUCGCCGCGCACCACCGACAGCCAGUACGGACGAAGCCCCGCCCACCUGGCAGUGAUGAACGGUCACACGACGUGUGUGCGCCUCCUGCUGGACGAGUCUGACGGUGCAGAGCUGGUGGACGCCGCAGACUCUCAGGGACAGACGCCUCUGAUGUUGGCGGUGGCGGGCGGCCACGUGGACGCCGUGUCGCUGCUGCUGGAGCGGGAAGCCAACGUGAACGUGCCGAACAACCACGGCCUGACGGCGCUGCACCUCGGGCUGCUGUGUGGUCAGGAGGAGUGUAUCCAGUGUCUGUUGGAGCAGGAAGCCUCCGUGUUGCUAGGCGACGCUCGUGGUCGUACGGCGAUCCACCUGGCGGCCGCCCGCGGCCACGCCUCCUGGCUGAGUGAGCUGCUGAGCAUCGCCUGCUCCGAGCCGCCGUCCCUCCCCCCGCUGAGAGACCACAGAGGGUACACACCGCUACACUGGGCCUGCUACUAUGGUCAUGAGGGCUGUGUGGAGGUGCUGCUGGAGCAGAAAGGUUGUCGCUGUAUCGAUGGGAACCCGUUCACCCCGCUGCACUGCGCUGUGGUGAACGAUCACGAGACGUGUGCGUCGCUGCUGCUGGAGGCGAUGGGCUCCGACAUCGCUGGCUGCAAGGACGCUAAAGACCGGACUCCUCUCCACGCCGCGGCGUUCUCGGGUCACGUCGACUGCGUGCAGCUGAUUCUGUCCCACGAUGCACCUGUCGACGCUGUGGACCAAUCAGGUCGCAGCGCACUGAUGAUGGCGGCUGAGAAGGGCCGAGUUGGCGUCCUCGAGGUGCUGUUGACCAGCGCCAGCCUCAGUCUGACGGACAAAGACGGCAACACCACGCUGCAUCUGGCCUGCAGUAAUGGGAAGGAGGACUGUGUGAUGCUGAUCCUGGAGAAGCUGACGGACACGGUCCUCAUAAACGCCACCAACGCAGCGCUGCAGACUCCCCUCCACCUGGCGGCUCGCAGCGGGCUGAAGAAGGCGGUGCAGGAGCUUCUGUCCAGAGGAGCAAACGUCCAGACGGUGGACGAGAACGGUCUGACUCCUGCUCUGGCUUGUGCUCCGAGCAGAGAGGUGGCUGACUGUCUGGCUCUCAUUCUGGCUACCAUGAUGCCUUUCUGCUCCCCUUGCAGCUCCGGGGCUCCUUCCCCAGGCUCCCUGCUGAGGCAGCUGCCCCACCAGGGGGGCAAAGGCCCGGCCGCCGGCCCCCGGGGGCCCCGCAGCCCCAGGAACCCCUCCGGACCCUCCAGCGAGGGAACCACUGAGAACGACUCGGAGGACUCGGAGACCUUCUGACCCCUCGGACCCGACUCCCCGCCCCCCCGCCUCGACCCGUGCGGCUCGUGGCGGCGGGGCGGAGACUUGGGCGUCUCCCUGUACAGAGUUGACCUGCAGACAUUUUUCUUAGUGCCCUUCUUUUCCAAAAACAAUGAGCGGCGCCGCAGCGGAAUAACGGACUGACCGCUGCGGCCCGAGAACGUUUCAAUCCACGAGGAACCCGGUCCGGUGCGGGUCUGCAUGUUAACUUCCACCACGGUUUGUCGUUUCUACUCACGGGUGCUUAAAUCCAAACCGACCUCGGUACUUCAGUCUCCGCAAGGCACAGCAACCCGCCUCGAGACUUAGUUUGUCUUAAAAAUAAACAUAAAAAAGAAGAAGAAGAAGCCAUUUUUAACUGUUUGUACAAAAUGAAGUGGACCAUGAAGACAGCGGAGCGUCGUUUUAACCUUUCUAAGAGUUUUUUUGGCUUGUUGUUGUACCAAAUAUUUGACUUCCACGCGUGAAUAAUUAACAUACUGAUGAAGAGGUACUUAGAGUUUUUUAACUGUUAACAACCGAAGCACAAAUUUGGAUUUAUUUUGCUUUUUAGGUUUUGAUGAAGUAUUACACUGGGUACAUCUGCAGCCCUGAAACACAUCCAGGAAAUAAAACAUUUUCCUUUUAACUUUGCUAAAAGAUUGAGGAGAUUAUAAAAAGAGUCAUGAAUCUGAUACUUGUAUUUUUCUGGACCAUACAGCUGCACAGUGCAAACCUCAAGUACAUUCAUAUUAUUAAAAUUUAUCCUGUGUGCUUGACAAAUGCAAAACUCUGCAUUGCAUUAAGAAGAAUGCAUCCAAACAGUUUAUUUUCUUAGCAAAAUAACACAAUUUUAAGUUGUUUCAGUGCAGCUGUUUAGCUGUAUUCUGCGUGUUUAAACUCAUUGUCUGCACAUCUUUUGCACGUAUUAAAUACAAAAAAUACAAAAAUCACUCUUAAUUUGCUUAUUGCUCGCUGGAUUCAGCACUGUCAUGCACCGCAGAAAAGUUAGUGUUUAUUAUUAUCUGUCCCAGGAAUCAGGGCCUGAGGUGUACCCAGGGGUUAGAAACAGGGUUUGUGCAGAAGUGAAUUAAAGCUGUCUGUAUGUUCUCCUCAUCAUCAGCCCAGAUUCUCCUGAAAGACCAAAUUCCUGAAGCUCUUUUUUUAUUUUGUCUCGCGGUAUUUCUGAUGUAUAACAAGACGGUACUGCCAGAACUUCAGAUGUAAAGUAACACAGGGCCUUGGACUCUCCUCGUCUCAACCAGAUAUGUGCCAUUGUCUCUAACGUGUCCAGUGCCUUGAUGUCCAUUCAGUCUAAUUUCACAGCAAACCCUUUGAUUUAGUAGAUAAUAAUAAAUAAUAAUAUUCCUCUAUUAUAAAAGUAUCAGCUCACCUGAAUCAUUAAACCCUGCAGGUUUUAUUGAGAUAUUAACCCAUAAGAACCCAGACCCAGUUAUCCUUACACAUAGAACACAUUUCUGAAGUUUUUUAGGUUUUCUACCCCUAAAUGUCAAAGAUCUGUGAUGAGACAUAAACAUUACAAUGGGCGUUUAUGGUCUUUAUGUUUAUGAUAUUUCUUAUUUUUAAAUAGAAAAAAACUAGACACAUUUUCUGCUUACAGAGACACAAAUUUACCUUUUUAUUUUGCAUCUCCAUAACAUUUAUCAAAAUUGUGACUUUCAUUUGUGCAAGAAAUAUGGUCAGAACAAGUUAAAUGCAAUACAGGACACCCUAUUAAUGGAUUACAAUUGUUAAAUGGGUUUAAAUUUAGCCUUGUCACAAAAAAUACGCUUUUUAAAAUAAGCUACUUUUUCACAUUUCAGAUUUUUAAAGUGUCUGUUACAUGGGUGUCACCAUGGGUUCUUAUGGGUUAAAGAAACACAUAAUCUUUAUCUUUUUUUUUUUGUGAUUUGGCGCCGCCCUGUGGACAGAGGCGGUAGUGCGUCAUGUUUUAAAGAUAAUUUAACCUGGCUGCAAAAACGUUUGUUUGUUUAGAUGGCUGUUUGCAGCAUUGUGAGAUUAUUAAUUAAUGGGAUUUGCAGAAAUUAAUUAUAAGAAUGUGGUUUAAGAACUUCCGAGAGACUUUUCUUAAUAAAACAUAAAAGGAAAAACUUAAAGAUAUCUGUGAAUAAUGUGCUUGGAAAGACAGAUUGGAGUUGUUUUGAAGAGCUCCAGUGUAUUAGUGUGAAAACAGAAAUGAUCUGAACAAAUCCAAACUAUUUGUACCAUUACUGACCAAAUGUUUGGGGGUUUAUCUGCAUUCUGGUGAGCUGAUUCUUCGAAAUGUUGAGUAAAUGUUACACUGAAUCAAGUUUGAGGAGUUCAACAUGAUGCAGAUUUUAUGUUUUGUUUUUAAUGCUGUCUCACUCUUCUGUCUCCUCCUUUCAGGCUGCUGAGAUUUUAUUCUUACUGCCAACAAAACCCUCGAAGAGACCAAAACCUUCAGUGUGUUAAUGCUUUCUGAAUUGAUUCCUAAUGAAGACAGAAUCUCAAUAAAACGUUAAAAAAAAAAAAAUUCACACAUUUUGGGUUGUUAGAGGUUAACUUCUGUGCCAAAAAAUUGCUCCGACGUCCUUAAAGGACUAAAAAGCAUUUUAUAUUUAUAUUUUCCACUUGUGAGUUAAAUAUUUUAAACCUUUAAACCCUUACAUGUUGCCGUUGUUGCUUUUUCUUGAAAAAUACACAAAAAGUGAAUUAUUUUUGGUUCUCAAAAUGGUUCAAACUUCAGUUUUGAAGCCAGGAAUCGGGAUUAAAAGCCUGUUAAACAGAAUGCUGACACCUUUGUCCUGAAAAGUCCUUAAAGUCUCUAUUUUGGUUUAUUAUAGACUUAUUGUAGAAGCUGAGGUCACGAGACAGAAUAAUCUCAAACUAGUGAAGGGACAAUGAAGUUUCGUGAACAAUUUGCUUUAUUUUUUUACUCCACUAGAUGGCGAUCUUAAAAAAAAAAAGAGGAAAAAGAGGCUUCAGCAACGGUAAUUGAGUGUUUUCAGCCCUUUGUUGAACAAAGAGUGCCGUCUAGUGGACUCAGAAAAUGAAAAGAAAAUGCUUCAUGAAGCUUCGCUGUCACUUCACUAUCGAAAAAUUUAAAAUUGAAAGCGCACAAAUUUCCCAAGUGAUGAACAAGGCGUUAAAACAUUUCCUUAAAUAGCUGAUUACUGCAGUUUGUGGUGAAAAGGUUCCUACGAAGUCUUUAAAGUUUGGAAAAUGCUUCAUUUUGAACAUGCUCAAAUAAAAAAAAAUCUAUAUUUGGCAAACAUGAGCUCAAAUGGAUGCAAUGAUUGAUAUGGUUAUAAAUGAAUGAUUUAAACAUUAAUUUGGUUUCGAGAGUCAUUCAGAGUCUGUCUACAUUAAUUUUAUCGUCUUUGUUCAAUAUUUUUAAUUGAAUCAGUCAAACAGAAUUGUCAAAUUAAAAGCAAUUAUUAUUAUUAACAACUUUUUUGCAACUACUUAAAACUAAGACGUCACAACUUUUUAUGAGUCAGGGUUUUUAACCUUGAAAAGUGCUUGAAUUUCACUUUAACAGCGGCUGAUGAAUCCACAUUUGUUGCUCCAGUUAAUUAAACUACAGUUAUAGAGUUCAUUGAUGCAUUUAACUCACAACAAUGGAAGAAGAUAAUGUCUUUUUUAACUCUUGAGUUGUUGGUUUUGGUGUUUUCGUGGGUUUUUACAGGUAAAAUAUCUGCAGACUGUGUUUCUCUGUGUGUGUGAGUGUGUGUAUGUGUGUGUGUGUGUUGGCUUUAGGUACCGAUUUAAUUAAAUUUAACUGCUUUUGUACAUAAUGUUGACGUGAAGCUUUGUACAAGAACAAAUCUCCAUCAGAGUGAAACCUGAAGUUUUUUAUCUGAGACUAAAAGUUGUGAAUAUUAAUUAAUUUUAGCUGCAGUUGAUUAAGAAGCACAUGAGUUGUUAACAAGCACAUGAGACUGAAUCUGUCUGCCAGUAUUAUUAUUAUUAUUAAUAUUAUUAUUAUUAUUAUUGAGCUUCACCGGUCCUGACAAUCGCUCUUGUGGUGUCUGAUGAUUUUCAGUUCCUGAUGCAGUAACGACUCGCUGAGUUCUUCUGUUUUAUACAAACUGAACAAUUACAACAAAAUCUGUUUCAACUGACUCACGGCUGCUGUCGCUUCUUUAUUUCUUUCUUUAAAAACGUGGAAAUCAUUUUAAUGUCACUGGUUUUGCUCUGAAAAUGAAUAUUCUCACAACUGAAGCUAAUGAGCUCUUUCCACUUUAUUAUAUAUUAUGAUUAUUAUUAUUAAUAAUGGUAAGAAAAAUAAAUUUGACCCCUCUGAGUCUGAUCUGAAUAGUUCUCUCCUCCCAUCUGUGAUCUAACAACAAAGUUGAAUCUGAAGAGAUUUCUGUAUCUCCAUGACGAUCUGAAGCAGUGUACAGCUUCUCUAAGAUUAAAAUAAAAUAAUAUGAUCGUU